AUAUUUUCCCACACUCAUUCACACUUAAUGUCAAUUUAGCAUAGCCAGCCAACCUACUAGCAUGUUAUUGAAAGGAGGGUAACCCUUGAGCUGUGAGGUGGAAAUACACUACUUGCUGUGCUACCAUGCCACCUUGUUGUAUGGUCUUAAUAUUAUUUGUGCUGUGCUAUUAAAUGACUAGGCUGGCUGUCUAGCUGUAUAAAUGAAACAUAACGUGAUUCCUGAAUCCACUCACUAGCUCAAAGCAUUAACCACUUAAAGCCCACUGCCACAUUCCUUGAGCUGGUAAUGGUUUGCAUGUUGGGUGAGAAAAUGCAGAGGGUCCAUGAGACUUUUAAUCUCACUAUCACAUUAAAUUAUAGGUUAAUACCAAAAAUAAUAACAUAUUUCACAAAGUGAAAUUAUUCAUCAGUAUUAGUCUGUGCUAAAAUGACUGUGCUGUGCUGUUCAUCAAGGUGUUUGAUGAUUGUAUUCUAUUAAUCUUACCAGUUAAUAGAAUACAAUCAUCAAACACCUUUAUGAUUCAGGCUGUUCCUGAAGCAAAAGGGAGACCCGUCCCUAUACAGAUAAGUGGCUAUCUAUGCAUAAACAUAACAUGUUGAUAAUAUGCACAUUACACUAACACAGCACUAUAUAAUGAUUAAGCAAAUAUGGUCCUUUAUAGAAGCGGCAAUUUGUCUAACAGCUAAUUUCACACUUAGAUGUUUAGUAAUUGCUUAGUCAUUUCAGUCAUGAAAUUAAUUAAAUAGAUUAAUCAAAAUAAAAUAUGUAUACACCAAAUGGCUUGUACAAAACCUGCAAAACUAGUACCCUCGGGUGCAUGAAUAUGAAUAAUUCAUGUGUAUAUGGACUAGAAGAAAUGAACUCCUUUUUUUCCUGAUAUAAACAGCUGUUUAGAAAAAUAGUAUUUUCAUAUAAUUAUCUAAAUUGCACACAGAUACAAUAACACAGAAUACAAACAUUCUAUCUGUAAAUGGAUCUAUAAGGAUUCCAUGGUUGGCAUAGUAACAAGAUGUAUGAGAGAUCCACCAUGUGAUGUGAUGCUCUAUAUGCAAAACCCAGAAGGUGACCAAAUAGCAACAUAAAAAUAACAUCAUUAGUGACUAUACACAGAAUACAUAACUCUCUAGAUUCAUAAAAUGCUGCACUGAGAGUCAGACUGAGCUGGCUGAUGUAGGCUUGAUGAAUCGGACUAGAGGAUGGCAGACUUGUGAUGCAUGAACGCAAUUAAACACCAGCAACAUGAAGCCACGACACAGCUAAAUUAAAUUAAGUGCUGCACAGUGUAGGAGGCAGCUAGUAUGCAAAUUCACUCAUAUUGAAACCACUUUUGAUUGGAUAAAGUGUUGCCAUGGCAACAAGACAAACGGAAAAAAUGGCGUUCCUUCAGUGGAGCUGCCAAGACGUGGCAAAGUGGAUAGAAUCCAUCGGAUAUCCACAGUAUAAGGCAUGCUUUACUGAGAAUUUUAUCACAGGAAAAAAGCUGAUUUAUGUAAACUGCAAUUAUUUGCCACGAUUAGGAAUCACUGACUUUGAACACAUGAAGGCAAUCUCAGCAUGUGUCCGUGAGCUGUUAGGCAUCUCAGAGCCAUUGUGGAAUCGCAGUAUUGCAGACCCACCAAGAGAUGAUAUGGCCAUGUUUUUACAAGUCAGAAGCAGGACUGGAGAAAGAGCUGAUAAUCUUACCUAUGCUCAGUUCCUCAAACAAAUAAGUAAACAGCAAGGUUACAGUAAAGCAGCUGAUGAAUCUCAGUAAAAACAAAUAAUAAAAAGACAUUAAAGCUUUUCUUUUAAUUAUAAUUAGCUUUACAGAUUUGCCUGAGGAGCUUCAUUACUUCUAUUGUUGUUCACAAUUUGAUCUAUCCCUGGUGUGUGAUUGUGGGAAAUAGACUAUGGCAUACUGGGCUUUGCCUUCAUAAUUUAAGCAUUCUUUGCCUUAUGUGUUUUACAGUGAUGGGGAAUUGAAAGUUAUGUAAGGUUUAAUUAGGCCUGUAGUAUGCUUAGACUUACUUAGUGACAUCCUUUUUCAUUAUUUUAUGAGACCCAAAUAUGUACUGUAGCUUUAGAAAUAAUUCAAAAUUAAGCAAGAAAUGUAUAGAUUCCUAGCAAUGCACCACUCUGAAAAUGAGUGUUGGUAUAAGAGCUAAUACUGAUCUGAAACAUUCCACUGGCAUCAGAUUUACAUGUACAUUUCUGGCAUUUAGCAGACACCCUUAUCCAGAGUGACUUACAUUUUUAUUUCGAUUUAUACAACUGAGUAAUUGAGGGAUAAGGGCUUUGUUCAGGGGCCCAGCAGUGGCAACUUGGUGGACCUGGGAUUCAAAUCCAUGACCUUCUGAUCAGUAGUCCAACACCUUAACUGCUGAGCUACCACAUCUUGGAUUGGAUCAGACAUAUUUUGUAGCAUGAGAAUGCAUUAUAUUACACACAACACAGACCUUGCACAUGAACACAGGACACAAAUUGUAUUAAAACUCAACAAUAGUGUACAUAUGCUUGCACAAUUUGGCAACAAAAACUGGAUGAGGGACAGCUUGGUUCUGGUGACCAUUGGAAUUGGUUUAUCUAAUGCUUAUUGCUGCAUGUUUUUAUUUAAGCAAUUUUAUUUAUGAUCACUUAACACCCUUAAAAGAAGUUACAUUAAUAACAAUUAUUUUUCUCUCUCUUUUUUUGGUCUGGAAUAUAACAGUUUUAAACCAAAUAUAAUAUUAAAACUUACAGAAUUAUUACUCAUUAAUGUUUAUGUUAUUAACAAGUCUAAUACGUAGAUUGAAGCCUUGAUAGUGACAUUUAUCUGUUGAUUCAGCUGAGCUAAUAUGCUUAAGUGGUCCCAUUAGUGUUAAAACCUAUAGAGGAAGCGAGAGUGAUGACAUGCCCUUCUGUAAACCUGCAAAGUAAUACUGUGGAUUAGAUGAAUUGCAGCCAGCAACAAUUAAGAUCAUCUUCGGAACGGGGUUUUUCAGUGAUCUCUAAUCUGAAGCCACGCACGUCCAGCUGCGGCUUGCGUUGCGCUGUCAUCAUGUCAGAGAGCGGCGGCGCGCGGAGAAGAGCGCGGAUGUGACACCUGCUCCGCCGCUCCAGACUGACACCACCGGAGGCCAUAUUUGGGGCGGGUGAGCCAAGAGAUGCUAAAAAACAUCUGCCCUGGCCUGCUGAGAUGCGAUCCCAGUUCAAGACCAGUCGCGCUGUGUGUUUGCUAUCGGCGGCCACUGAGACAUUUCCAGUACGUAAAGCCGUAAUGCGGACACGCACAGAGAGACAGAGAGACAUCCGCAUGUGAGGAUUUCACAGAGGCUGCUUGGAGCUGGACGUCUGUUACUCCCGCAGAGAUGGGAUCUCAUUUGCAUUGUUUUAUUUAGUAAUCCCUCGUUCGCUUAUUACGGUCAGAGCUAAAGAAGCCGUGCUCAGAGGAACUGGGCGAUCAUGCUGUAACGGGAAUAAGCGGGAUUUGUUGGGAACAGGGGCGGUGUGCCGCACGAAGCAAGGCUCAAAUCUACACAAGGGGUGGUAUUACAACAGUGAACCCAGAUGGAGACCAUUUUUGUUUAUUUGAUGGUCAUGAUCAUGGCAGUAAAAGCCCAGAAGAUCCAAAUAUGUCCCAAACGUUGUAUUUGCCAAGUGCUGCCUCCCAACUUAGCCACCUUAUGUGACAAAAAGGGGCUGCUUUUUGUUCCCCCAGACAUUGACAGACACACAGUAGAACUGAGACUUGGUGACAAUUUUAUCACAACUGUCAAACGGAAGGACUUUGCCAACAUGACCAAGCUUGUAGACUUGACACUUUCCAGGAACACAAUAGGCUCUAUCACACCUCACGCUUUCAAUGAUCUGGAGAAUUUGCGUGCCCUGCACUUGGACAGUAACCGUCUGAUACGAAUCACAAAUGACACCUUUAGCGGCAUGUCAAAGCUUCAUCAUCUCAUUCUGAACAACAACCAGCUCACAUAUAUUCACAUAGGAGCCUUUAACGACCUCCUGGCCCUCGAAGAGCUUGAUCUUUCCUACAAUAAUCUAGAAAGUGCACCAUGGGUGGCCAUCCAGCACAUGAUUAGUCUGCACACCUUAAGUCUGGACCACAACAUGAUAGACUAUAUACCUGAGGGCACAUUUUCAGGCCUCAUGAAACUCAAACGUUUGGAUGUCACUUCCAACAAGCUUCAGAAGCUUCCACCUGAUCCAGUCUUCCAGCGUGCAGGUGUUUUGGCCACAUCAGGUGUUUUGGGUCCAUCAUCAUUUGCAUUGAGCUUUGGGGGGAACCCAUUACGCUGCAACUGUGAGUUGCUAUGGCUGAGGAGACUACGGCGUGAGGAUGACCUGGAGACUUGCGCUGCUCCACAGCACCUCUCUGGACGUUACUUCUGGACAGUGUCUGAAGAGGAGUUCCUGUGUGAGCCUCCCCUCAUCACACGUCAUUCCCAGGAGACCCGGGCAUUAGAAGGCCAACAUGUUACUUUGCGCUGUAAAGCACGGGGUGACCCAGACCCUGUUAUUCACUGGAUUGCCCCUGAUGGUAGACUAGUGUCUAACUCAACCCGAACAGUUGUGCACACUGAUGGGACACUAGAUAUCCUCAUAAGCACAGUGAAAGACUCUGGAUCGUUCACAUGUGUGGCAUCCAAUCCUUCAGGAGAAGCACAGCAGACUGUUCAGCUAUUUAUUAUCAAACUGCCACAUUUUACUAAUGAUACAAGCUUAGUACAGGAGCCAGACCCUGGAUCCUCAGAUAUUGCUACAUCCACCAAAUCAGGUGGAGAUAGUGGCACUGCCAUUAGCAGCACCAAAGCUGGGCAGGAAAAACGGGUGCUGAUUUCUGAAAUUACAUCCUCCUCUGCUCUGGUGAAAUUUAACUUACAACGGAAUAUACCAGGGAUUCGUAUGUUCCAAAUCCAGUACAAUGGCACCUAUGAUGACUCGCUAGUCUACAGAAUGAUCCCCCCAACCAGUAAAAACAUCCUGGUGAACAACUUGGCAGCUGGGACAUCGUAUGACCUCUGUGUGCUUGCGAUUUACGAUGACGCUAUGACCACGCUGACGGCUACCCGUGUGGUGGGGUGUGUUCACUUUGCAACAGAGCCCCAGUACCUCCGAUGCCACUUCAUGCAAUCACAGUUCCUUGGAGGUACCAUUGUUGUCAUCAUUGGAGGUGUCAUUGUGGCCUCAGUCUUGUCUUUCAUCAUCUUCCUUAUUGUACGUUAUCGAGUGUGCAACCAGGAGGGAGAGGACAAGGGAGUAGAGUUAGGAGAAGUUUGUUCUCAAUCCAGGAGUGAGCAGCUGCAGGUUUGUGGAAUCAUCAAGUCUAUGUCUAAACAGGUCCUGGGUGUGGAGAUGGAUGCAUGUCGGAAAGUUUCCCCACAGCUGGAGUCAGUGCCCACAUUGGGAACUACACCUGGGCCAUUGCCCUCUAAACCUGCCCUUCCUGACUGCACCGUUACUACCUCUGCUGCCAGUCACAGCUGGCAUCCUGCCUCCCCCAACACCCAGCGUCCCAUGCAUGCUGCCUCACACAAACCUACAGGCCCUCAAAAACCAGACACACAAAUCAGUGUGGAGCUUGACAACACCAACAAAAACAACUCAGCCAAGGCACGUCCAAAAUCUGCCCAAAUACGGGUCUAUUCCACCACAGUGAUUCCAGUGUCCAAAAAGGUACAGCUAGAGUCCUCACGCUACAUGACUGUUCCAGUGGGAUGUAUGAGAGUGAGUCGCAGACACUCUUUAAACGUAGACUCCUGUAAGCAAAACAGCUAUGGGAGUUUCCCACAGCAGACUGGCAGCCUUCGGUCUAAACGCAGUCUGUCCAUGAGUGGUGGAGAUCUUCCACAGCUGGAUGUUUCAGCCAAAAUCCAUGGAAAAGACUCACUGUCAAGGUCAGAAUGGGUUCUAGAAAGCACACUUUAAUUAGGUUUUUUACAACCUUAUCACACUGGUUUUUGGUAGACUUACAGACCAUUUUAUUAUUAUAUUUAUUAUAGGUCAGAUGAAAAACUCAAAUCUUUUAAAAGUAUCUGGUUUUUGUCUUGGACAUGACACUCUUACAUAGCAGGGGGAAAGGCAACAGGCUGAUCAAUGUCUUUUUUUUUUUUUUAAGUACAAAAAAAAUACCAUUUUCUGCAUAUACUAAAUAAUGCAGUUGACAUGUAUAUUACUUUGUUAUAUGGAGUAAUCCAUACAGUACAUCCUGUAUAAACAUGUUAUGUUGUGUAAAAUAAAAUGUGAAAAGCCCCUUGGUUUUCAUCUGAUAUUUAAAACAAGCUUGCCAAUAUAACUAACCUGAGAUGUGAUCAUUAGUAAGAACUAAUAGGCAGCACAUUUAGUGGAUAUAAAUAUUUAUUUGCUAAAAAUCACCCUGUAAUCAAUAUUGUUCCUGUUUAUGCUCCAUUAUCAGUGUACUGAGAUAAGUGUAAUGGUUCCUGCCCUUUGAUCUAAAGCCAUCCAAACGUACAGGACAAUACGAUAUGACAGUUUUAAUCGCGG